CCCGCGCACAUAUAUAGCAUGCUUGCGCCGAUCCGGCCACACGUGCUGUCUACCUCCACGCAAGAUCAUGAUUGCUAAGUUGUUAGUGGCGGUGUGCGCGCUGGCGGCGGCGGCGGCGGUGCCGGUCUACGCGCCGCUAGGACACGGCCUCGCUCCCGCUAUCGCUCCCGCGUAUGCGCCCGCUUAUGCGCCCGCCAUCGCCCCCGCUUAUGCGCCCGCCAUUGCGCAUGCACCGAUAAUCCGCGCGGAGCCAGUAGACCCCAACCCAGCCUACAGCUUCUCGUACGGCGUGGCGGACCCGUCCACGGGCGACCAGAAGAACGCGGCCGAAACUUUGCAAAACGGAGUCGUCCACGGCUCCUACAGCCUCGUGGAGCCAGACGGACAUGUCCGGAAAGUUACGUACACGGCCGACAAGGUUAAUGGCUUCAAUGCUGUUGUGGAGAGGACUGGAGCUGCUGCUCAUGCGGCACCCGUAGCAGUGGCGCACGCCCCGGUGGCGCUGGCGCCCGCGCCGGUGGCCGUGGCCGCCCCCGCAGCCCGCUACACGCUCCCCGCCGUCGCCCACCCGUGGGGCUAACCGACCACCCGCCCUCGCAUUGUUGACCAACACCCGCUCUAGUUAUAGCAAAGGUUAAGCAAGGUUAGUCUGUGAUAUUUUGAAAAUGAGACGUUUUUUCGACUGCGCAAAAAUCAAGCGGCGUUUUUAGACAGUUUAAAGACACUUGUGUUUUGUUUGAAGUCGUAAAAACGUCUAUGUUCUGUGAGAGCGAGCGCAGAAUGGAAAGAAAUGGAAUGGUUUUUGAAUUUCGUCGGUUAAGUUUAAAAGUAUUAUUAGUGGUUGUUGCUCAGCAAUGCUCGCCCAUGGACCGAACGACACGAAUAUUGUUUAUUUAUUAAUGCUUUGACUGUUGCCUACGAACAUGAUCUUGACGCGUUUACGUAUGUAAAUAUAAUGUACCUAUAGUUAAUAAAUAAAUGCAAGUUUUGCACCGA